UCAUCAUAAUCAGCAGGUUGAUUUGAAUGGCUGUUUCAAGUGUUUGAGCUGAGAACUUACUUUACUUUUUUCUCUAGAAGUGCAAGACUCCACCUGUAAAGAUGGUUGAUGAGGCUACUAAGAAGACUCUUGCCAAGAUUCCCUUGAUGAAAACGAAUGCUGGCCCUCGCGAAUCGGAGAAUUGGCCUAUUCGUUUGAAGGAGGAAUAUUCAGCGAUUAUUCGUUACGUACAGAGCAACAAAGAGUCUGACAGUGAUUGGUUUCGCCUGCAGUCGAAUAAGCAAGGGACGAAGUGGUUUGGCAAGUGCUGGUACGUCCAUGAGCUUAUUCGUUACGAGUUCGACGUGGAGUUUGAUAUUCCGGUCACGUAUCCAACAACGGCACCUGAAAUCGCUCUUCCCGAGCUGGAAGGGAAAACAGCAAAGAUGUACCGAGGAGGCAAGAUCUGUCUAACAGAUCACUUCAAGCCACUGUGGGCACGUAACGUACCUCGUUUUGGAAUUCCUCAUGCAAUGGCACUUGGACUGGGGCCUUGGCUAGCUGUGGAAAUUCCGGAUCUUGUCUCCAAAGGACUUAUCCAACCCAAGGAUGCAUCAGAUUAGGUAACUCAGCUGUUUUCUAAUUCUUAGCUGAUCCAGGCUGCGAGCACAUUAUGAAGCAAAGAAUUCCUUCCCAGGUGAGGCGAUCUGACUUAUACCAUUUGUCAGAAUGUAGAACGUCCUGCGUACGAUCACAUGGAAAAGAACCUGGGUGACUGGCUGUCUGGUUCAGUGCACCACACAGUCGUAGCAGUGAGUGCAAGCAGCGAUCGUUAAAGAAAGACUGCUUCGGUCCAAACCUCUAUAGAGGUGGCCCUAUAUAUAUUUUCACUGCGUUGCUCUCUCACUGCUAUGUGGCGUUGUAGUUCGUUGCUGGACGACUUGCGCACUUUGCUGCUGCUCCAGUGUUAACAUGUACGCUCGCUUUUUCUUAGUUAAUACUCUCCGGUGGCUUAGAUUUUCCAAAAUUGCUUGACUUGCGUAUACCGGUAGCCUAGUACACCGUACCGGUACUAGUGAAUGCUGCACAGUUCUGCCUUCCUCCUGAUUAAUGCUGCGUGUGCGGGCGCACGCCGGAACUUACUUGCUGGUCACAGCAAAAUAAUAUUCUCUGCUACUUGUGCAUGCUGCUCGUGGCACGUGCUGCUUUUUAGCUGCACGUGCCCAGCAAUUCAAACAGUCUUCCACUCUCGCAGAACUGUUGUGGCAGAGAUUUAACCCAGCUAACAGGCAAUGUGGACAUAAUAUGCGUGAGAUGGUGAUGAGCAAAGCACUCGUAACGCAAACAUGGCAACUAAAGUUGCCUUCCAGAGCAUUUUCUUAUCACAAUUUUCAA